CUAUCAUUGUGUUUAGAGGAGCAGCAGUUGAUAUACAAACCUAGCUUACCUUUCAUAACACAACCCGUGUCAUUUCACACAGAAACCUCAACGAUAUUCGUCAGGGGAGGACCGCUGAAUUAUGAUGCAUUGCUGUGCCGGAACCCUCUAUCUCCUACUCUAGUUACCACCACUUCUCCUGCCGCUGCUAGUGGUUUGGCUGCCUCUCUCCUAAAAGGAAAAAAAGGAGAAUUCACAAUCCACAUCAGCUGUUGCCUAGUCACAUAUGGUGCAUCGUUUGCAUUCCCGAGCCUGCAUCCCCUCCACUCCGCCUGUGGCACUCUUUGGAUUCAUAACCACAGGAUAUUAAUACGUGUGUUUUCUAGUUUUCCCUGGAUCGGGUGCGCUAAAGGCAGUUUUUUACAAGUUUUUUCUCCCCACAGCCACACGGGUGGUGGCGGGACAUCGUAGGCCAUGGAGCCCAAUAUGGAGUACUGUCUCACGCAGGUGCUACAGAAAGAUGUGGCCCGCAGGUUGCAAAUGGGUCCAGAGCUCAUCGACUACAUCAUAGAUGCAGACAAGUGUCAAGACCUGGAAAGUGACCAGACUGCACUAGACAAAAUGGUGGAUGGUAUCGCCACCUCCUGGGUAAACUCCAGUAACUUCAAGUUGGCUUUGUUGGGAAUUGACAUUCUAUCUGCCUUAGUAACAAGAUUACAGGACCGAUUUCGGCCCCAAGUUGGUACAGUUUUGCCCAGCUUGAUAGAUCGGUUAGGUGAUGCCAAAGAUCAAGUCAGAGACCAAGAUCAAACCCUGCUGCUGAAGAUCAUGGAGCAGGCAGCUUCGCCUCAGUACAUAUGGGACAGAAUGCUGGGGGGUUUCAAACACAAAAACAACAGGACCAGAGAGGGAGUCUGUCUCUGUCUCAUCGCAACUCUAAACACAUAUGGUGCCCAAGGCUUAACCCUGAGCAAAAUUGUACCACAUAUAUGUAAUCUACUCGGAGACCCCACGAGUCAGGUUCGGGAUGCGGCCAUGAACUGCCUUGUGGAAAUAUACAGGCAUGUUGGUGAGAAGGUUAGGGUUGACCUUAGCAAAAAAGGACUGCCGCAAUCAAGAUUGAACGUAAUUUUCAGCAGAUUUGAUGAAGUCCAAAGAUCCGGGAACAUGAUCCCCUCCUCUGGUUCAGAUAAGAACUUUGAUGACGAGGACUCUGUGGAUGGAGGCAGGUCCUCCACCUCUUCCUCCUCUAAGGGCUUCUCCAACAGCAAGAGAGGGAGUAGCAUGGGUUCAAUGAGACGACCCAGUUCUGCCUCUGGAUCCAGGGUUGCAGGGAAGGAUGGAGUCAGUGCUGGAGCUGUGGAUGAGGAGGAUUUCAUUAAGGCUUUUGAAGAUGCACCUGCAGUUCAGAUAUAUUCCAGUAAGGAGUUGGAAGACUCGAUGAAUAAGAUCCGUGAAGUACUAUCAGAUGACAAGCAAGACUGGGAACACAGAGUCACCGCUCUGAAGAAAGUGCGGUCGCUGGUUUUGGCUGGUGCAACCGAACACGAGGGUUUCCUUCAACAUCUCCGGCUUUUAGAAAGUGCCUUCAAGCUCUCGGCUAAAGAUCUUCGUUCCCAAGUGGUUCGAGAGGCCUGUAUCACGUUAGGGCAUCUGUCCUUAGUGCUGGGGAAUAAAUUUGACCACGGAGCUGAAAGCAUCAUGCCUACGCUGCUCAACUUGGUGCCCAACAGCGCCAAAAUUAUAGCCACAUCAGGAGUGGCAGCCAUCCGCCUCAUCCUGAGACAUACACAUUUUCCACGCCUUAUCCCGAUCAUCACCAGUAACUGCACAUCCAAAUCCGUGGCUGUUCGAAGACGGUGUUAUGAGUUUUUAGACCUGUUAUUGCAAGAAUGGCAGACGCACACUCUAGAGAGGCAUGUGGCGGUUCUCACUGAGACCAUCAAGAAGGGGAUCCAUGAUGCCGACUCAGAAGCCAGAUCUGUGGCCAGAAAGUGUUACUGGGGAUUCCAUGGCCAUUACAGUCGGGAGGCGGAGCACCUUUUUCAGGCAUUGGAGUCAACAUAUCAGAAGGCCCUUCAGUCUCACCUGAAGAGUUCUGAUAGUAUAGUGUCUCUACCACAGUCCGACCGCUCCUCAUCAAGCUCGCAGGAGAGUCUCAAUCGGCCGCUGUCAGUGAAGAGUGUCAUCGGAGCCCCCGUUACAAGAAGUAAAGUGAUUGGCUCUAGGGUGUCCUCCACACCCAGCACCCUCCAGCGUUCCCGCAGUGACGUAGAUGUAAACGCCGCCGCCAGUGCCAAAUCCCGCAUGUCCACCACAACCUCCCCAUCUCCCUUCAGCUCUGCAGCGGCCCUGCCACCAGGCUCCUACGCCUCUCUGGACGGUGCACCUGGUAAAAUAGAUGGUCGUGUGCGCACCAGGAGGCAGAGCUCAGGCAGUGCAGUCAGCACCAGCAGUACUGUGACAGACAGCCGUGGUCGAAGCAGAGCUAAAGUAGUGUCUCAGUCCCAACGAUCCAGAUCAGCUAACCCCACUAGUGCCGGCAGCCGAUCCAGCUCUCCAGGGAAGCUCUUGGGGCACACAUACGGCAGAAUUCCUAGGGCCACUGCCCCUACAACACCCUCAGACAAGUAUACGAGGGUCCCACGAAGUCAGGGCUGCAGCCGUGAGACCAGUCCCAACAGAAUGGGCCUAGCCCGGAGCAGUCGCAUCCCUCGCCCCAGCAUGAGUCAGGGGUGCAGCCGUGACACCAGUCGCGAGAGCAGCCGCGACACAAGCCCUGCUCGGGGCUUCACUCCUCUUGCUUCCCGACGUCACUCUCGCUCUACCAGCGCGCUGUCCACGGCCGAACCCGUGGGCCAGUCAGAUCGGUAUGGUCUGAUCCAUCAGGCCCGCAUUUCUGCAUCUGUCAAUGCUAUGAGGGUGUUGAACACAGGCACAGAAGUGGAAGCAGCAGUGGCUGAUGCCUUGCUGUUAGGAGACUCCAGGAAUAAGCGCAAGCCAUUGAGACGGAGGUACGAGUCAGAUGAUGAUGCCAACAGUGAUGCCUCCAGUGCCUGCUCAGAGCGUUCCUAUAGCUCCCGAAACGGAGGCAUUCCUCACUACCUGCGGCAGACAGAGGAUGUGGCAGAGGUGCUGAACCACUGUGCCAGCUCCAACUGGUCAGAAAGGAAGGAGGGCCUGCUGGGCUUGCAGAACCUGCUGAAGAGCCAGCGCAUUCUCAGCCGAGUGGAGCUUAAAAGGCUAUGUGAGAUCUUCACCAGGAUGUUUGCAGAUCCUCACAGCAAGAGAGUAUUUAGCAUGUUCUUGGAGACUCUGGUGGACUUCAUCACUGUGCACAGAGAAGAUCUUCAAGACUGGCUCUUUGUACUGCUCACUCAACUACUGAAGAAGAUGGGAGCUGACCUCUUGGGCUCAGUACAAACUAAAGUCCAAAAGGCCCUGGACAUCACACGGGAGUCUUUUCCUUUUGACCAACAGUUUAACAUCCUGAUGAGAUUCAUUGUUGAUCAGACUCAAACCCCCAAUCUUAAGGUGAAGGUGGCCAUCCUGAAAUACAUUGAGUCCCUGGCACGGCAAAUGGACCCUGCAGACUUUGGGAACUCAAGUGAGACCAGAUUAGCCGUGUCCCGCAUUAUAACCUGGACCACAGAACCCAAAAGCUCUGAUGUUAGAAGGGCUGCUCAGGUGGUGCUGAUCUCACUCUUUGAGCUGAACACGCCUGAGUUCACCAUGCUGCUGGGCGCUCUGCCUAAAACAUUCCAGGAUGGAGCCACCAAGCUCCUGCACAAUCAUCUGAAGAACUCAAGCAACACUAGCAGUGUGAGUUCUCCGAGCAAUACAAUGGGCCGCACGCCACCCCGGCACCCAACCAGCAGGACCAGCCCCCUCACCUCUCCCACGAACUGCUCACAUGGUGGGCUGUCACCCAGUCGGUUAUGGGGUUGGAGUGUCGAUGGGCUUUUAAAGCAUCCCCCUCCCCCUCCUCCUCCUCCUUCAUCUCACUCCUCUAUUCCUGCUGGCCCCUCCCUCAGGGCCUUCCGCUGCGCCCUGUCAACAAGUAUGCUGGAGUAUGACACAGAGAACAUGAACUCUGACGAGAUCUUUAGCUCGCUGCGUGGUGUCACAGAGGCCAUACAGAGCUUCAGUUACCGCAGCCAAGAGGACCUGAAUGAGCCAAUCAGACGCGAUGGCAAGAAGGAUGAUGCUGGUGGGAGGGAAGGGGCAUCUCCGGGGUCUGAUGCCAGACUGGGAUUGGAUGUAACGGAAGGGGGUCGAACCGCCUUGGAUAACAAGACAUCUUUGCUCAACACACCAUCCCCACGAUCUUUUGCUGUGCCACGGUCACGUGAGUUUGCCCCCUAUGGCUACGGAGACACAAUCACGGCCUAUGAUAAAAGCGCACUGAAAGAGGCCGUCUUUGAUGACGACGUGGAACAGUUCCGUGACUGCCGUCGGCAAGACUGUGGUGAGAACAAGAUGGUGCUGCCCAAGGGUUUUACUCCUGACCUGGUGGCAGACCUACUGAAGGAGCUGUCCAAUCACAACGAGCGAGUGGAGGAGAGGAAGGGGGCUCUAAUCGAGCUGCUGAAGAUUGCACGCGAGGACAGCCUGGCUGUGUGGGACGAACAUUUUAAAACCAUCCUAUUGCUGCUAUUGGAGACACUCGGGGACAAAGAUCACACCAUCCGAGCACUAGCUUUACGGGUUCUGAAAGAGAUACUAAGGAACCAACCAGCGCGCUUCAAGAACUAUGCAGAACUCACCAUCAUGAAAACACUAGAAGCCCACAAGGACUCUCAUAAGGAGGUGGUAAGGGCGGCUGAAGAGGCUGCGUCUACGCUGGCCGGGUCCAUUCACCCAGAGCAAUGCAUCAAGGUGCUGUGUCCUAUCGUACAGACUGCAGACUACCCCAUCAACCUGGCUGCUAUUAAGAUGCAGAGCAAAGUCGUUGAGCGCAUUGCCAAGGAGUGUCUGCAUCAAUUGCUGCCAGACAUCAUCCCUGGCCUCUUACAAGGCUAUGACAACACUGAAAGUAGCGUUCGCAAGGCCAGUGUGUUCUGUCUAGUGGCCAUCUACUCUGUGAUUGGUGAGGAGCUGAAGCCCCAUUUGGCGCAGCUCACGGGCAGCAAGAUGAAGUUGCUAAAUCUGUACAUUAAGAGAGCCCAGACGACCAACAGCAACAGCAGCAGUUCUUCAGACGUGUCUUCUCACAGCUAGCCGGAUAGACUCUAAUCCGUGCCCUACACCUGUGUUUGGAAACAGUUGUGCCUCCUCCAAACAUCCUUUUUAUUGCUUUAUCCCAAUCUUGCUGGAUUUUCCCAGGAGACAUGCAUUGCUCAUCGCAAUCAAACUUUCUUUUCAUCCAGCUCCAGGAAACCUCUUUGUUAAUCUCUCAUAUGUCUUUUCAUCUGUGGAACAUUGAAUGUAAAGGGGUUUGGAUGGAGGGAAAAAAAAUGCAUGCUGACGCUUUGAUAGGGAACAGAUCUUCCAUGAUUGGCAAUGCUUCCUUAAUUGGAGCAAACAGGCUUUCUUCAACUUCUGAGGAGGUGAUUUGUUAACUACAUUUAAAAGUAAUAACUUAUUGAUGUUACAGUGGCGUUACAGGCUCAAUUCACUGGUUUGGAUUUUAAAUGGGCACAGUUGGGUUAGCUAAUAUAUCAAUUGUAUCUCAGUUAAUGCUAGUGUAGCAUUUGGCUGGCUGGGUGAUACAUGUAAAGAAAAGAGGAAAAUUUGUAGGUUUGGCUACAGUGACAACCAUAAAAUGUAGGGCUAAAAGAAUAGCAUUCUUGUAUCAAUUUUUAUUUCUUGUAUAAGCAAGCUGACAUGGGACCGCAAUAUCACACCCUCAAUGUUGAAAAUGUAGGAAAUUGUUUGUGGGUUUUUUUUCCCAAGUCUUUAAGAAGGCAAUUGUAACACCUUUGCAUUAAUUGUAUUCGCAUGAGUGAUUAUGUGUUCAAAAUGUGGCACAAAAAGGCCUCACUACGGAACACAAGAACAAACUUCUGAAUGUAGAGAAUUUUUUCUUGGUCUUUUGAAAAAGUGUUUUUGAAAAAGGUUUUGUGAGUAAAUUAUAAAGAGCCACUACAAACAAGGUCAUUUUUAAAAGUUCUCAAAUGCUUGUCACUUCUAUGGAAAGGAGUUCAUCCUCAAACAAUGAAUGAAACCCAUUUACAGUCUAUGUUCUAGGAGCAAGAAGAUUGUGAUGGAAAAUUUGAAACUGCUAUGCCUUACGUUCAUUUUUUCUGUGUUCAAAACUCAGACUGUUAAGAAACAAAUGUCCACAGGCAUUCUCACUACAAUGUUAAAGUACGAUACCGCAAGUUCGCCACAUGUCUUUGACACUAAUGAAAACCCUCUAUUCUGUCUGUAAAACUAGAGGUGAUCCGUUCUCCAAGUAGUCUGGGCUCUAUUUUUCCUUGUCCAUCUGCAGAAUUUUGCAGUGCUGGGAGUUUAGUGUUUUGUACAUACAUUUUAAUCAUUGCUUCUCACUCCCCCACUGAAAGAAAAUAAGGUAAAAAUGGUGUUGCACUCUUUUGCACGUUAACAAAUAGCCUGCAUGUUUCGAUGACGUAACCAUCCUGUGCUGACCUAGGUUUGGCUGUUUGAGAAAACGUGCCACCUCUGCAGAUGGUUGGUCUGUAAAUACAGUAUUAUUAUCGUUAUUAUUAAUAUUUUGCCCAUGUGGGGAAGCAAGCAAGUCCAAAACUGAAAUGGGAGCUGACCAAAAUGUCUGUUUGUCCUCAGACUGUGAAACCAGACCAUAUUUGAAAUUAAGGACAGACACUGAAAGCACCCUAUUCUCAUUUAGUGUUAUAUUCUGGGGCAUGUGGCUUUUAUUGGUAUGCUUGGUGUGUGCAUAUCCUUGUUUGAUGCAGCAUUUCUUUCUAAUAAUUUUUAACUGAUUCAGUCCAAGAUUUUGGUUUAAACUGGGGCUACUCUCAAGGAAAAAGCCAAUCGUGAGGUUCAACAGUGCAAGUAUUAAUUUAAAAGCUCUCUGAGUUUCCUGAAAUGUUGACACGGUAUUCCAUCAAAUUGUUUACUAAGCAUGAUAGAUUUUAUGUUUUGUCAUUGGACACUGAUACACUCUUGUAUUUAUACAUUUAUGUUAUUUCCUUCACUGUCCCAAUGUACUUUUUUUUUUUUUUCAAAGGCUUGUAAUAGAUUUACAACAACUCAAGUUAGCCCUAGAAAUAAAACAACCAGAAACAAUUAUUUAUUUUUUUCAUCCCUGAAAUGCAGCUGAGUUUGUAAUUUUGUUGUGUAGCUGUUCAGUGUGCUAUGAAGCAACUGUGGAAUGCAUUACAAUUCAUGCACCAAUACAUUUAUAAACAUGUGUGA